CCGGACCGUAUAGCCACCCCUAAUUUGGAAGGGUACCGUUUGAUUGCUUCAUCGAGAAGAUGGCACUGCGAUUGGGAUCAUCUUUAGGGCUGCUCUCGGAUUCCCCUACUCUCCACCGUUCUUAGGUUUCGGGUGGGCUUUACAUGAGGGUUGAACCGGUACUCGACUUAACUGCCCCUCUGCCUGACGAGAUCACUGUUGGGCACGUCGAUCCGACUAGAGGUAACUUUGUCGCAAUUGUUAAGCUUGAGCGUGUUCCUCACUUCUGCUUUCUUUGUAGUGUUAUUGGACACAUAGGGGAGGGUUGUCCCCGGAAGGAGUUGUCUGGGGCUCCUUCAAAGUACGACAUCUUCUUGGUGGCGACUGAAUCAGGGCCACCGGUGACGGUGGAUACUCUCUCGAGGAGGCGUCGGCGUUUUACCUGGAUUCGUGCUGCCAUGAAGCACCCGGCCCGCCCUCGUAAAGGCUCUCUCCCUUGCUUCCAUCCCAUCGGGCUCCUCCAAUCCAGCCUUAGCUUCUGCGGCGACAAACACCAACAUGGAGGAGGAUUCUGUUCCCAACUCGGCUUCCCAUGUGGCUAAGCGCGCAAAACCGUCUCUGUCGAUGGAGCUCGGUGGUUCUGAUUCUGGUAAGGUGGUGGCCUCCAGCCUCAACUGGGCCCAACCCGACCCAUGACCUUCAUGGUGUGGAGUUGUCGAGGGAAGGGCUCCCCCUUGACGAUUCCCUUGCUUCGUGGAGCCGUGGCUCGCUUCUUACCUAGUAUCAUCUUCCUUAGUGAAACCAAACGUGAUGAUGAUUUUUUCAAAGCCAAAUUUGCAAGCAUGGGUUUCAAACUAGUGAGAUGUUUUAGUGCCUCCAAUGGUAGUGGAGGUUUGGCCGUAGCUUGGUUAGAUCAUGUAGUGUGUACAGUCCAUCAACUUUCAUCGUUUCUUUGUUUUGUUGAGUGUCUAGUUCCUGUUGUGGGGAACUUUGUAAUUAUCUUUGUUCAUCUCUCUUGUGACUCUGCUGAUCGGUAGGGAAAGCUUAAUGAAAUUAAACAUUUGCUUUCGUCGGUUUCGUUACCCUCCUUCGUUGUAGGGGAUUUUAAUUGCCUUCUCUCUUCAGAUGAAAAGAUGGGGGGGGGGGGGAUAUCCCAUCCUUAGCAGCUUUGGAUCAGCUUAAUGAGUUUGUAUCGAGUACAAGAUUAAUUGACUUUGGCUUUCAGGGUUCAACCUUCACUUGGUCGAAUCGUCGGGCGGGUGGUGCUCACAUCAUGGAGCAUCUUGAUCGCUGCCUGGGAAGUACGCUGACGCUGUCCGAAUGGUCGCAGUUGAAGGUAAUCCAUCUCACUGAUUUAGGUUCAGACCAUCGCAUGCUUCUUGUGCAGCUUAUCAAGCAGGGGUGCCAACCUCACACAAGAUUUCAGUUCGACGGUCGCUAGAACACUAAUACAGAAGCUGUGGAAGUAAUUAAAGGGGCGUGGUCCAAGCUUACGCGAGGGUCUAUUCAAUUCCGGGCUUUCACCCAACUCAAAAUAGCUCAGCACGAUCUAGUGGAAUGGGCUCGGAUGGGCACAUCCAAUUCAGCCCGACAUAUAAGAGAGCUUAAGAGUACUAUCGAGGAGCUCCGCGAGGCUGCUAUAGUUGAUUGGGAUGCCAUACAUCGCCUAGAACAGGAUCUCUUGUCUGCUUAUAUCCAGGAGGACUGCUACUGGCGGCAAAAAUCUCGGGUUGGUUGGCUGAACGAGGAGGAUGCCAACACGAAUCUCUUCCUCGGUUCGUGCUGCAGUGGUGGAGAUUCAAUCGCCUAGGUGGUCUUCGAGAUAAGGUUGGGGCUCUCCAUCAUGAUGAAGAUUCCAUGGCAGGUAUAGCUAUUACCUUUUAUCAAACCAUUUUCACAUCUAACAAUGUUGAUGCAUCCAUGUAUGUCGAAUCUUUGGGCAUUACCAGCAAGGUCUCUGCUGCAAUGAAUGAAUUCUUGGUUACCCCGGUCUCGGAAUUAGAAGUAAAGGAUGGUGUUUUUAGGAUCGACAGCCAUCGUGCUCCUGGAUCCGAUGGUUUCACAACAGCGUUCUUCCAAGCUCAUUGGGGCGUUGUGGGUUCGCUCAUCACUUCAGCUGUCCUCAACUUCUUCAGUUCCGGCAGACUACUGCAUAGCUUCAAUCAUACCUGAUUUCACUCCUGCCGAAGGUUUCACAUGCUGAAUCAAUGCGACAGAUUCGUCCCAUAGGUUUGUGUCAAGUAGUCUACAAAAUAAUUUCUAAAAUUCUGGCUGACCGCCUUAGUAGAAUUUUACCUAACAUUGUUAGCUCAACCCAAAAUGGCUUUGUGCGUGGUAGAUCGAUUACUGACAAUAUUCUCAUUGGCCAAGAAGUUAUGCAAUAUUUGAAAACCAAAGUGCGGGGUCGGGAUAAAUGGAUGGCGUUGAAGCUCGACAUGGAAAAAGCUUAUGACCGAGUGGAAUGGUCUUUCCUCUUACUGAUCAUGGAGCAGCUAGGGUUCUGUUAUGAGUGGUGGCGUUGGAUAAAUGCUUGCAUAUGCACGGUUUCAUUCUCUGUUCUAAUCAACGGCCACUCCCAUGGUUAUUUAAAACCCCAACGAGGUAUACGACAAGGUGAUCCCUUAUCUCCUCUUCUCUAUGCGCUUUAUACAGAGGCGCACUCAACAAAACUUAAUUGUGAGAUCAUGGCUGCAAACUUACAUGGUUUACGUGUUCAUAGAUUUGCACCCCUGACUUCUCACUUAUUUUUUGCCGAUGAUACACAUCUUUUAUUGAGGGCAUCUUUGCCGGAAUGUGCUGCCCUCCUUUCCCUUUUGGAUGAGCUUGGAAGUGUAAGUGGGCAAAAGAUUAAUCUUUCAAAAUCCUCUAUUGUUGUUAGCUCUAAUGUCUCUGAUCAGGAACACACAGCUUUGGGGUAAUUUCUUGGAGUGGGGGACUCGAAUAUCCUUGACAAGUACCUUGGACUCCCUGUUCAUAUUCAGCGGUCUAAAACUCAAACCUUUCGUUUUAUUGAAGAAGGGUUAGCUAGCCGCAUCCGGUCUUGGAAAACUAAGCACAUGUCCUUGGCAGCGAAGGAGACCAUAAUAAAGUCCAUUGGCUCUGCCACUUCUAUUUAUGCUAUGUCUGCUUUUCGACUUCCCUCCUUCACUUAUCGCAAAUUAAAUGGACAACUCUCUCGAUUUUGGUGGGCUGAUCAGGACAAAGAGGAUGGAAUGCAUUGGCUCUCAUGGCAAGAGGCUUGUUAUAACAAGUUUGCCGGGGGACUUUGUUUUCGCGACUUUGAGAGAUUCAAUAUCGCCCUAUUAGCUAAACAAGCUUGGCAGGUUCUCAUGAAUCCGCAUUCAACACUGACGGAGCUAUAUCGAUCUAGGUAUCGCCCUCAUUCUUGUUUUUCGGAGGCAAGAUCGGGUCCAAGGCCAUCUUGGGCUUGGCAAGGCAUUCUAGCAUGGAGGGAUCUGCUCCUUCGGGGACGGGAAUUUAGUUCAAAUCCUAUCAAAUAAGUGGCUUCCUACUACUCCUCCCUCUUCUCCCAUACUUCGACAGGAUGUAACUUAUUAUCCCAUAUUCGUUUCGGAACUUAUUUGUCCUUUUACUCGAUCUUGGAAUGUCCUGCUGCUUGAGAGUCUGUCUAUCCAUGCUUCGGUCUGCUUAAUCAUAUCUAUUCUCUUGGCUUUGGUCCCCUGCUCAGACAAACUCAUUUGGCACCAUUCUCCCAAUGGGGAAUACACUAUCAAAAGUGGG